AUGAGCAUCAACUUAGAAUCGAACCCCUUCGAAGAAAUUAGAAAGAAAAACCAACAAAAUACCCUUAAUUCAACUCUAACAAGGCCAGUUAGUCAAUACGAUUCAAUUGAUCCUAUAAUUGAUCAUCUACACUCAAAAGAGUUUAUAAGUUUGUCUCCGAAGAAUAAAAAAUCUGUAACUUCGCUUAAUAAGACGUACCAAUCGAUAAGCUUGAACAGCACUAUAAAUCCUAUUUAACUAAGAACUAAAGCAAAGCCUUAGUAUAAAAAACUCCUUAUUGAUAGUUUAAUAAAGCCAAAUAUCUUCAGAGAAAAAAUUACAAUAUCAAAAAGUAAAAAGAAAAAGAAGAAUUUCAUUAAGGUAGAAAGGGAUACUUUGAUGACUAAGUACGUAGAUGAAGGACUAAGAAACUAAAACAUAAAAAUAGAAGCCUUGUUAAGAGCGAAUUCUGAAUUUCAAACAGUCAAGAAUACCCCUGUUACCUCACAGACGACUAUUUUAAUUCCUAAUUCGAAGAAUUCAAAACAUCAUGAGAAUUUAAUUCAAAAUUAGAACAUAAACUAUUCGAACAUUAUGAUGCCUUUGACCUAGAAUUCUGUACUGUAAAGUGAUUAUAUAAGAUCUUAGAACAUUCCUAUCAGCACAAUCAAUAAAGCUAAGUAUGAAGAUUAGCAGCAAGCAUUGCUGAUGAAUAAAUACUAGAGUUUGAAUCAGUAUUUUGACAGAUGCUCUCAAAUAGGAAUCAGGACUACAGCACCCUCAUCCAAGAAUAGUCUUCAUAUUAAGUAAUUCAAAUUCUUGCUUUUUUAAUAAAUUUGA